AUGGGCAAGGCUGAGCAGGCGGAGCAGGUUGAGGCCACCGCGCACCCCCAAUUUCUAUCUUGUUCAUUCCUCUUCAUACUCCACACGACUUUAUCGCCUUUGAGGGAAAUUCUCUAUUAUCUUCUUCUCACUCUCUACAGGGGUGGAAUAGCAGCAGGCAUGUCUUUUGGCUACGGUGUCGGUGAUAUCAUAGAGGUCUCGACUCUGGCACGUACUAUCUGGGGCAGGUUUCGCGACGCUUCCGAUCAAUUCAAUGCCAUCCAAACAGACGUCUUUGGUCUUCACCGCGUCCUCGAUGACAUUGCGAACAACCUCUCUGGAAUCCAGCUUACUGAUAAGCAGGCCAACGAUCUCUCAGUCCUGAUUGCAGGUUGUCGUGGCGUCCUCCAUGACACUGAGAAGCUGAUACGGAAGAACGAGAGCUUGGGUACCGAGUCUUCUGGCGUGAGCUCCAGGACUCAGAAGGCUUUGAGAAAGUUGAAAUGGGACUCUGCUACCGUCAAUGAGCUGCGAGAUCGCAUGAUCUCUAGCACAACGUUUCUGAAUGCCUUCAACACUAGUCUUGCAAGUCAAGCGUCCCGAGCGACAAACCAAAAGAUCGACUCUAUAAUUGAAAACACUCAGAAUCUAAGACUAAGCCAGAACCAACAAGAGCGGAACGAGGUGUUGCAAUGGCUCUCACCUCUCAACUUUGCCCCACAGCAAAGUGACUUAUCUAAUAGGCGGCAAAAAGAGACAGGUUCAUGGCUUUUGGGGUCUCAUGAAUUCCAAGAAUGGGUGAGCAAAGAGGGACAGACUCUGGUCUGCCAAGGGAUGCCAGGUGCUGGCAAGACUAUGUUAGCAUCGCUUGUCAUAGAUCGCCUGCAGCAAUUUUCCGGUAACGAGGAGAACGUUGUAACCGCCUACAUAUAUUGCGACUACAAAAGACAAGAUGAACAGACACCCAUCAACCUUACAGCAAGCGUAACAAAGCAGCUGCUCGCAGCACCAAGAUUUGAUUCCGGAAAACAUUUUAAAGAUGUACCAGCACCACCACAAAAUUGGGGACUCGACCUACAUUUGAAGAGGUGUUAG